CCUCUCGCAGCGGCCAAGUCUGAGCAGCGACAUCAGUGCAUCGCGCAGCGCGUCUCGGGCGCGUUCCACGAACGUUUUCAUCUCGCGAUCCGGCCGAAAGAGAGAGAGAGAGAGAGUGCGAGUGUGUGAGUGUAUAUCUAUUAGAGCGCGCCGGCCACGCGCGCAUAUACACAAAGCUACACACAUAUACAUAAGAGAGAGAAAGAGGACACCCAUGAACGUUGGGUACAGUAGAGUAGAGAGAUUGUGGCGACUUGAACGUACGUACGGACACCAACACAAGCGCACGUAAUCACGCGUAUCCUCACUGAUACGUACACAAACGCUCCAAAUACGUAGAGGCAUAAAGUCACGGCGAGGCGGCGGUAAAAUCGCGUGGUGCGUGCUCUCCCAUAGUGCGUGGCUGCUGCUGCUGCCCCUUCAACAUACAAGAUGGCCGCCGGCGGCGCGGCCUUACCCACAACAUCAACAACAACAAUAACAAAAACAUCGCUCCUGCUGAUAACAUUGGGUUUGUUAUGUCUGGCGGCGGAGUCGGCACGCUUCGGCGAGCCGUCCCGUACGCUCUACCUCCAUCGGGACAGCAGCGACGACGAUUACCCCGUGAGGAAACCUAUGAUCUUUAAUAGACACGACGAGCGCGACGGUCCUGUAAAUAAUGGCGAAGACGAGCCGGUCAGCCACGGCUCCGAGUUCGCCAGGAGCAAGAGAGACACGGAUAAAGCCAAUCCCUCGGCGAGCUCGACGAGCGCGACGACGUCUGCUGGCUCGGCCAGCACGACACCGACGCCGCACAUCAACAACCCCAACGUCACUGCCAAGGUGAACGCGUUGAACGAUUCUCAUCAGCAGUUAAUGGUCCAUUGGGUUGGCGAAGGUUCUGACGUGAUAAUUUGCUUGGCACGAGACAGCAAUCCUCUGCCGAGAUCGAUCUUGGGCGUCCAACCGGCGUCGUCGGUCAACCCCAGUGCCGUGUACAUAAGCUACGAUUAUGGGGAUACCUUUCAAAACAAGACCGAGCUAUUCAAAGUCUCAGACGAGCCGAAUGCCAAAUACGCAACUCUUGACAAGUUUUACAAUCAUCCAACCUACAACAAUCUUUGUGUAUUUGCCGACAGUGCGAACAAGUUGAUAUUCAUAACGUACAAUCACGGUCGCGACAUUGAGCGAAUAAAGCUUGACUUCAGCCCCAGCGAGAUCGCCUUUUAUGACAAGCAGGAUGACUAUGUAUCUACAUAUUUCGUAUUACUUGUACUCGAUAAGGUUGAUCCAGCACGCAAAUUGUACAUGACAACGAAUCGUGGAAAAACAUGGAACGUUAUCCAUGAGUAUGUCAAAGCCUUCUAUUGGACCAAUGGUCGUCCUAAAAAUUUACUCAUCGAACGAGCUGAGCCCGGAGGUCAAAAUAAUGUAAUUGAUCUUGGUCAUGAUCCAUGGAAGUGGAGUAAACGUAAUUAUACCGGUGUUAUCAGCGGCAUCGAAGAUUUUCAAAUACGAGGGGAUUACAUGUUCGCAACAAAAAAACAACCAAUGUCAAAUACAUCAACGACACAGCAAAUGGACCUCUUCAUAUCAUACAAAAGUCAACCGUUUGUUAUUGCACAAUUCGAUACGAAUCUUAACCGUAGAGAUUAUCACGUAGUUGAUGUAUCUUACGAUCGUGUAUUUGUCUCGGUAUCUCAUACCGAAACAAUGGUUAAUCUGUACAUUUCCGAAAUAAUCGAUCAUCGAGGUGCUAAAUUCAUUCUUUCAUUACCUAACAUCAUGAGCUUCUGCCCCAACAAUACUUGGAAGGACAGUUGGCUCAAUGACGUGACAGAUGAAGCAUUUACUGAAUUGUAUAAAGUCGAAGGAUUACGCGGAAUCUACAUAGCAUCUCAAGUUCAAGGUACGCCCAAACUUAGCUCUAUCGGACCUGAGCACUUGUUGUCUCUCAUUACGUACGAUCAUGGGGUGACCUGGAAUCGUAUCAAAGCACCAGAGACUAACCACAAAGGUCAUCACAAUGGUUGUACGGCUGCUACAAACUGCUCGCUGCAUCUCAGUCAGAAAUUCAGUCAACUGUAUCCAGUCAUGCGAGCAGCAUCUAUAAUGAGUUCCAAGUCGGCACCAGGUAUAAUUAUGGCCACCGGUGUAAUCGGCACCGAUCUCAAAGGGCAUCCAGCCCUUUAUGUGUCACGAGAUGCUGGUAUGACAUGGAAGCAAGUGCGUCAGGAUUAUUAUUUCUUCAAUAUGGGUGAUCAUGGUGGUGUACUAGUAGCUGUCAAGUAUUUCAAGACUAGAGGCGAAACGAGAGAUUUGUCUUACUCAAUCGAUGAAGGUGAAACUUGGCAGACAAUCGAGUUCAAUGAAAAAAUGCUUAGGGUUUAUGGUUUGAUGACUGAACCUGGUGAAAAUACAACCGUUUUCACGAUGUUCGGAUCAGGCAGUGGGCAGCAUCAAUGGCUAAUCAUAAAAGUUGACUUGAGUAAAGUUUUUGCCAGAAACUGCACAGAUGAUGAUUACAAAUUUUGGUCGCCAUCUGGACCGCAGGAAUUAUCAUCAACUUGUGUACUUGGACGUCGUGAAACUUAUAAACGCAGAAGUGCUCGUGCUCCUUGUUACACUGGUGUCAGUUUCAAUCGACCGGUAAAAGUUGAAAUUUGUCCGUGCGAUGCAAUCGAUUAUCAGUGUGAUUUUGGAUUUACUAGAUAUUCAAAAUCUCUUGAGUCGUCAUAUACUUGUGUAAGGAACAAAAGUCUCGACUAUUACGAUCCAUAUGGUAUACCAUCGAGCUGUGCUCCUGGAAAGUUUUAUAAUAGAACUAAAGGUUAUUUUAAAAUUCCUGAUGAUGAAUGCAUAGGAGGCCGAGCAAAAGUUUUCGAACCUGAUGAGAUCCCGUGUCCAAUGGAAGCUCUUCCAGAAUUUCUACUUGUCGCUCAACGUGAACGGAUCUCCCGAAUCGAUUUGAAAGAACAAAAAUUAGAAGUAUUACCCGUGCAUGAUCUUAAAAAUGUCAUCGCUAUUGAAUUUGAUAUGAAAAACAACUGUCUGUACUGGGCUGAUAUAGUUAACGAUACUAUCGGUCGUCAAUGUUUCAAAGAUGGUAAAAGCUUCCCUGAAAUUCUGGUCGAGACAGAUCUCAGUUCAAUCGAAGGCAUGGCAUUUGAUUGGGUCUCGAAUGUUCUUUAUUUCGUUGAUGGUGUCAAAAUGAGAAUUCAAAUCAUCAGAACUGAUAUCUCACACGCUGGAAGAAUGAGGAGAACUAUUUUAGGACCAAACAACGUUCAAAAACCUCGUGGUAUCGCCGUGCAUCCUAUGUUGGGUUACAUGUUCUGGACCGACUGGGCUCCUGGCAAUGCUUCUGUUAACAGAGCCAAUUUAGACGGAUCUAAUGCCAAGCAACUUUUUCACAAUCAUGUUGAAUGGCCAAAUGGAAUAACGAUUGAUCACAUUGCUGAGCGUAUAUACUGGGUCGAUGCUCGACAAGAUUACAUUGGUUCUUCAGAUUUCGAAGGUAAUGGCUUUAAGAAAAUCAUAGAAAACGAUGAAAGAGUCUCGCACCCAUUUGCUGUGGCAGUAUUCAAAGAUAACAUGUAUUGGGACGAUUGGAAACAGUCAAUGAUUUUUGUUGGGGACAAAGAUCAUGGCUUCGGUAUAUCUACAAUAAUCGGUCAAUUGACCGGUCUUAUGGAUCUUAAAGUAUUUGCUCACAGCAUUCAAACCGGCAUGAACAAGUGUUCUAACACCUCACUUUGCUCUCACAUUUGUCUCGGUGCACCAAACAAUCAAUAUGUUUGUUUGUGUCCUGAUGGCAUGGUUAUGCAAGACGGCAAAUGUAUGUGUCCUGGAGGUGUCGAGCCUUAUGCUAAUUCUACGUGUCCACGUGUUGCAAAUAGUUGUGCUGUAAAUCAAUUUGCAUGUGAUAGCGGUGCUUGUAUUCCCGAGUUUUGGAAAUGCGACGGUGACAACGACUGCGGUGAUCAUUCCGAUGAAGCCCAAUGCCACAGAGCCAAGUGUCAGCCAAACACUUUUAGUUGCGAUAUCGAUAAAUGCAUUCCUAAGUACUGGGUUUGUGACCUGGACAAAGACUGCAAAGAUGGCAGAGAUGAAAUAAACUGCACCUACAUGAAAUGUAAUGAUAACCAAUUCCGAUGUGAAAACGGACGUUGCAUUUCUCCAAGAUGGUUAUGCGACGGCGAAGAUGAUUGUCGAGACAAUUCCGACGAGAAAAACUGUACGACUGCGGUACCAGCUAAUACAUGUAAAUCAGAUGAAAUCUCGUGCAAAUCAGAUGGCAAUUGUGUACCCAAAACAUGGAAGUGCGAUGGUGAAUCUGACUGCGAAGAUGGUACAGAUGAAGAAGAUUGCACAAGUGUCGAGUGUGAAGUAUGGCAGUUUGACUGCAAUGCUUCUGAUAAGACACAUCGUUGCAUCUAUAAAUCCUGGGUCUGUGAUGGUGAUGCUGACUGUCAUAACGGAUCAGACGAAGCCAAUUGUACAUCUUCCGAAACCCAUACUACUGUGCCAACUCCUCCACUUUUGCCAACCAACUCUUGCAAUGAUUGGAUGUUUAUGUGCAAAAAUAAAAAAUGCGUUCCUUACUGGUGGAAAUGUGACAGCGUCGACGAUUGCGGUGAUGAUUCCGAUGAAAUGGGUUGUGGAUUCCCGGAGGGUCCAUUACCGCCCACUUUGGCCCCAACUGAUGAUCAUCCUGCCGUCUGUAAAGAUCAUCAGUUCCGCUGCUUUAAUGGUGAAUGCAUUGAUACUAAUUGGAUGUGCGAUGGAGCGAAAGAUUGUACAACCGGAGAAGAUGAGCUUUAUUGUAAUAAUGGCUCGCAUGGUUGCGACGAAGAUCAAUUCAAAUGCAUCAACGAUGGUUCCUGCGUGGCACUUACCAAAGUUUGCAACGGAAUUGAUGAAUGUCCAGAUGGUAGUGACGAGCGAGGGUGUGAUCAUCAUCCACCGAGUAUCUCUCCGACAGCCACUUGCAACACAGGCUUCUUCCCGUGUGACUUAACGCGUUGCUUCCCUCUCGCGGCUUAUUGCGAUGGUAAACAAGACUGUUAUGACGGAUUCGAUGAGAGCAACUGCGAGAAAAACAAUACUCGUGUGCAUCAAGUUGUUAGUAUUGGCGUGGAUGAACGUUCAACCAAUGAAACUAGCUUGUUCCUUUACUGGUGGAUACCUAUACCAAGCAACGUAACUUUCCAAUUCAUGCCAUCCAUAUCGUACGCCGAGCCGGAUGCCAAGUGGACCAAUGCCAGCCAGUGGAUUGAAGAUACAGGCUAUCAUUUCCUUAACUUGGAACCUUACACCAAAUAUAAUCUCACCGUUUACGUAAAGAUCAAGGGACAGUCAACUGUGUUCCCACCGGCUAAAUACAUCACAGUGCAGACUGGUGAAGGCGUUCCGAGUCCUCCUUGGAAUGUUACGGUAGUGCAACGUAAUGGCACCAAAAUGGAAGUUUUCUGGAAUCCACCUAUUCAUCCAAACGGUCCAAUUACUCGUUACGAAGUUUUUAUGACACCACCUAUACCACCAGUGAAUCUGCAAGCUUUCCCAAAAACCUCUGUCGUGAUUGACCAUGCUUUUGAAGGUGGAAAGAACUAUUCAUUCUGGGUUAUAGUUAAGAACAGUCAACAUGUGUCAGAAUCUUCAAACGUAGCAACCAUCACUUACGAUGGUUCAUCCAACAUAGACGAUAUUCAGGAUCUUAGAAUAGUAGAGAUGAGCAACCAUUCCAUCAGCUUAAGCUGGAAACGUAUGAGCUACGCCGAUGGUUAUAUUAUUACGACAAAAGGACCUCUUUCGUAUCCAAAUUUGGAGCAGCAUACUACUACUUCAAAUUCGUAUGUUGUUGAUGGAUUGGCCCCAGGAACUAGAUAUGUAUUCGAAGUCAGUGCUACGAAGAAAAAUUAUAUUGGAAAACCAAGUGCUAUCAAUGGAAUGACAAAAGAUCAGCCCUUACCAACGAUUUCGAAUCUUGAACCCACAUUAUUGAAGAGCCACGGCACAACUAUUAAAUUAAGCUGGGAUCCUCCGAAGAGUUCCCGAAAAAUCAAAUGGCAGUACGCUGUUCAUUAUGCUCUAAAAAUGCCAGAUCUUUGGAAAGCACCUAAAUUCAAAACAACAAAUUUGACGGCAACUAUUCGUGACUUGGAAGCUUGCGAAUCAUACAUUUUUGCUGUUGGUGUCAGAGGAGAUUAUGGAGUUGGGCCAUUGAGUCAACCUGUAACUCUGAAUACACACUUCAAUCAUAAAGCACCACCAAAACGAUUGCGCGUGACGCGAGGCGAAAAAGCCGAUACGAUGGUGAUAUCUUGGAGUUCAAGUUGUCCAACAAUCGAUGAACCUAUUGGUUACACGUUAAGCGUAAGAGAGAUGGUUCUAAAAAAGCUCUCUGUCUAUACCUUACCGCCAACAAAUGAAACGGUUCUAACCCACUCCAUCCGCAAUAUUAGAUACGGAAGUCGUUUCAAUAUAUCAAUAGCAACAGAUGUCGAGGGUGCUAUUCCAAGUCAGCCUGUAAUUUAUAAUGCUCCCCCAAUAAUCGCACCUCAUCAAUUGAGCGUUAGUCACAACAAGGAUCAUUAUAUGCUCUUCUGGCAAGAUAAGCCUUCCGAAGAAAUGAUGAAAAAUAUUAAUUACCAUUAUGAGAUUCUCGUAAAUGAAGGGGAACGUACAAUCAACGAAUCCACUGCCCAAGUUUUUAAAGCCAAUCAACCACCUUUCAUCUAUAACAAUGCCAAACUUGACACUAUAUACUCGUUUGCUAUUAGAUUAGUUACUGAAGAGGGACAUAAAAGUGCAUUGAGUGAAGUUUAUAGUAUACAAGAAUCUAGGUCCGCAGCCUGGCCAGCGCAGAUGAGCCCAUCAAGUAUACUAUCUAUUGCCAUACCCGUUUGCCUUAUUGUAUUAGCUCUUGGCGCUGCUCUUGGAUACUUCGCCAUAAGACAUAGAAGACUAUCUAACAGUUUUACACAAUUUGCCAAUAGUCAUUAUGAUACAAGACGUGGACAAGCUACGUUCCCUGGUACCGUUGACACUGGAUUAGCGGAAGAAGAAGAUGGUCCUGUGAUUCGAGGUUUCUCCGAUGAUGAACCACUUGUUAUAACGUAAAAAAAUGAUAACAUCAAACCAGAAUAACUUGCGUUAUUGCAUCACUGAACAAUGUAAAUCCAAAAACAUCAUUGAAUCAUUUUAAUAAGAGAGUAUUUUGCCACACAAGAACAUUGUCCAUUUGACAAGAAAUACCACAGAUUCAAUGUUAAAAGUUGCUGAAGGUGAGAGAAAGACGAUAUAACACACAUUUCUAGUCGUAGUAGUGAGUCGAAGAUAUCUCGCCCGAUGCCUAGUAUGUAUAAUAUGUGAGAACCUGAUCAUAUAACAAAGGAUAAAUAUUGAAUCUGCGUCGCUCAGUAUAAUCACAAAAGUAUCUUUAGAAUCAGUAAGACGUGAAAGAUAUAAUUUUUAUUGAUAUAUUAUUAAUGAACUUGAAGAAUUUACUGAUCCAAAUCAUCUUAUUCGUUGUGGUAUGGAUUAUUUAUCGUGCAAAAAUAAUGCAAUUUUUCAUCAUAAUGAUUUAUAAUUUUUCUGGUACAAAUUUACAAAUUUGGCCAGAGUAAAAAUUUAAUCGAGCGACGAAGGUUCCUUAUUACUGGUGCUUCUCGGUAAUAAAAACAUUUCAAAUGCCAUUAAUUAUUUCUGUACAAUUCAUGUAAUGUCUAUGUUGGAGAUGAUUAUUUUUUUUAUUUUUAUUACUUUAUUGUCAAAACUUCACUUGAUAUGAAGUUUUUCGCCCAUCGCGAAAUUUAUUUUGUUAUUUUAGAAUACUUAGUUAAGUGCUGAUUGAUUUUUCGUAUUCGCAAGUGUUUGAUUUUUUUCAUAAUGUCCGAUUAGAUUUUUUUAAACUCUAACUUAAGUGCGAUCCCUUGCGUCUUGAUAAAUAUGUUGGUAACUAUAUUUUUGUAUUUUAAUAAAAAUGCAAAAAUCGGUCUGCUUUUUCUUUGUCUAUAGAGCAGCAAUCCUGUUUUCAAUCAAUUGUGAUGAUAUCUAUUUUCAACUAUUAGAAAAGAAAAACAGACAUUUACUUGUUCCUAGUUAUUCGUGCAAUGAGCAUUAAGCAAAAGUCGCAAUAUACUCGCAAUUUUUUUUUAACUAAUGCAACUCAUCAGUUAUUUUUCAAAGUUCAGUUUAAAAGUUUAGUUUUCUGAACCAGAUACAUAUUCGGUCAAAAAUCUUGAUGUUUGGUGGGAAUUGGGUACUUGCUAAGAAGUUCCUCUGAAGAAUUUAUUUUCUGAUAUACUGUAUUGAAUAUAAAAAUAUAUAUGUUUUUCUUUAAGCCA